AUGUUUGGAAAUAAAAUAUCUUCUUCUGGUACAGGAACCGGAUUUUCAUUUGGUGGCCAGUCAAAUACAAAUACUAAUACUGCCACUGGACCAACCCAAACUCAGAAUCAGUUCCAACAACAACAGCAACAGCAAACUCCUUCAGUUACGAUCGGUGCAAAUGUUCAAUCAACUAUAAACCCACCAACUGGUGCGGUUAGCGGUGCUACUACAAAUUUGUCACUUCCGGUAUCUGUCAAUACAACAAAGGGACCCAAGUUGUUGAAAGAAUUAUUGGAAUCUGCUAACAAUUUACCAAAAAGUAAUGAUCAUAUUCAAUUAGGUUCAAUUCAUCUCACCUUAAAUGAGUUGGAAAGAAAAACUCAACAAUUAAGAAAACAAUCAGAUAAGGAUGCCAGUUUUACAAAAGCACAUUAUUUAUUGGCAGGAAGUGGUAUCAGUGCUGAUGAUAUUGAAGGUGAAUUGAACGCCAUUCAAAUACCUAGAGCUGGUGAGCGUGGAGCACCAUUACAACAUGCAUUUGUUGGUUCCGAAAAUAUUGAAAACUACUUGAGUGCUAAAAAGGACGAAAACAUUUUGAACACCAUUGAACAAUCGUUGUCAUUGGCUUCUAAAGACUUCGACAACUACAUCAAUGCCAACAUUUCAAUCGACUGGAAAGUUAGAAGAGAUGAAUUGAGAAAAGCCGUUGGGUUGAAAACAAAUGUAAUUCUUGAAGAAGAAACGAUCAAGAAUUCAAUAGUUUGGAAAUCAAAUUCAACUGCUGCCAACAUCUUAACUCCAUUAGGCGAUUCAUCUGUUAGGCAAUUGACCAGAGCUAAAUUUGAAAACUACGCAAGAGUUAUUGAUUCAUUAAACGGUGCACGUCUUCAAAAUGCUCAUUUCCCAUUGUGUUUGAACUUCAAUGAAGUCAACAAGUUGCAGAAUGAUGUGAAGGGUAAACAAAUUGCUGAGAUUUGGAAAAUAUUAGUCAUGUUGACUGGUGAAAAAUUUGCCAAAACUUCCCAAGAACAGAAAUUCUUUAAUACACCAAAACCUGAACUCAAUGAAACUAUUGUGAACAAUAGUAUAGCUUAUUUGCAACAAGAAUUUUACAAUUAUGUGGAUGAAUUAUAUCUCAAGGACAACAGCAAGCCUGAAAAAUACUCACCUGCCACAAAUAUCAACAGAGUGUCAUACUUUGUUAACCAAGUUGUAUUAAAGAAUGAUCCAGAUUUAAUUAACAAGACAUUAUCUGUAAAUGGUACUCCAAUUUGGGCAUUAAUCUUUUACCUUCUCCGUGCCGGGUUGUAUUCUGAUGUUGUUGAUUUGGUUUCUCGUAACCGUGAGAUAUUUACUAAAUUUGAUAAGAACUUCCCAGUCUACAUCAAAAAUUAUGCCGAUAGCAGCAAACAUGUAUUAUCAUCAGAAUUGAACGAAAGAUUACACCAAGAAUUUAAUCAACAAUUCCAGUUUAUCAUCAACGAUGUUGAUUCUAGUAUUAAUUACGACCCUUACAAAUAUUCUGUUUACAAAAUCAUCGGUAAAUGUGAUUUAAGUAACAAGUCGUUGCCACAAUCUAUCAACUUGAGCAUCGAAGAAUGGGUAUGGUUCCAUUUGUCUAUCAUUAAUGCAAACCAACCAGGAUCUGAAUCCAAUUUGGUUUUCGAAAAUUAUAGUUUACUAGACUUUCAAAGUAAGAUUGUUCAAUUGGGUCCAAAGAACUUUUUGGUUUCUCCAAAUAAUCCAUUAUAUCUCAAGACUUUGGUUCUAGCUGGACUUUACGAAAUGGCUGUUCAAUAUGCUUAUGAAUUUGUUAACGAAGCGGAUGCAGUUCAUUUGGCUAUCGGUUUGGCAUACUAUGGUUUAUUAAAAUGUUCUGCUUUCAACAAGGACACUUUAUUAACUGUCAAUAGCAACGAAUAUGAAAUCAACUACAGUAGAUUGGUGGGUUCUUAUACUACUACUUUUAAAAUCAGUGAUCCAAAAGUUGCAUGUGAAUAUCUUAUAUUGAUUGCAUUGGCUAAUGGUGGUGAUUCCAAAGGAGCUCUUCUUGUUUGUCAUGAAGCAUUGCGUGAAUUAAUUUUAGUUUCUCGCGAAUUUGGUGUUUUACUUGGGCAAUUGAAUCAAGUCAAUGGAACCAAAGCACCUGGUAUUUUGGAGUCUCAGAGAAAAUUGAUCAAGUUAGAGAAUAUCGACCAAUUUUACCAGCAAAUAGUUGAGGUUUCUGCUAGUAAAUGUGAAGAAGAAGGUAGAAUUUUUGAUGCAUUAUUGUUGUAUCAAUUGUGUUGCGAUUACAAUACUGUUGUUUCAUUAAUUAAUAAAUUGUUGGCAGAAAUUCUAGCAACAACGGAUUUGAACCAACCAAUCAUCAAGUUUGGUAACUAUGAGGUGAUAUCUACAGGUUAUGCAAGUAAAGAUGUUGGCGAUACCAUUGACAAUAAUAUUAUUUUAUUGGCUCAACAUAUUAUGAAAAUUUUCAGCAACAACAGUCAUAUUCUUAGUAAGUUAUCACCAAAGGUCAAAUCCACAUGUGAUUUAUUGCUUCCAAUUAUCAAUAUUAGAGAAUUAUUUAUCAAGAAAGAUUGGAGUUCAGUUGUCAAUGAAAUAAACAAGUUAGAUCUCAUCCCAGCAAAUGCUGAUGCCGAUCUUAUCAAGAUUAGAGUUAUGAGUGAAUUGGUGCAAACAAAUGAUUUGGACGAUAAUUUGGUGAAAGUAAUUCCAUCCUUGUUGAUCUUAGUUAUGACAAGUAUUUCACAUUUGAAUUAUGAGAUUUUGACCAAAAGAUAUCAAUCAUUUGGUAAUGAAAAGGAUGCUUUGAAUCAUUGGAAAAAAAUCGCUAAGAAUUGUAUGAUAUAUGCUGGUAUGGUGCAAUAUAAGAUGCCUAGAGAAACAUACAGUUUAUUGAUUAAUUUAGAAUCACUGUUGUAA